UCACCGCCGUCCGACUGGGAGGAGAUGUACAAUGUGGUAAGGAAGAUGCGUGCGCCGGGCGGCGCCGCCUAUGGUGCGGCCGUGGAUACCAUGGGCUGCGAGCGGCUGGCGGACAGGAACGCUUCGCCAAAGGAUCAGAGGCUGCACUCGCUGAUUGCACUGAUGCUAUCAAGCCAAACAAAGGAUACGGUGACGGCGGUGGUGAUGCGGAAGCUGCAGACAGAGCUACCGGCGUACAAACCGGGGGCUCCGGUGGGCUUGAAUCUGGACAAUCUGCUGGCGGUGGAUGCCAAUUUGCUCAACGAGAUGAUUUGGGCAGUUGGCUUCCACAACAAUAAGACCAAGUACAUAAAAAAGACCGCCGAGAUCCUCCGCGACGAAUGGAACGGCGACAUCCCGGAUACAGUGGAGGGCCUCACGUCUCUGCCGGGUGUUGGCCCAAAGAUGGCCUAUCUUUGCCUAUCGGUGGCCUGGAACCGUACCGAAGGCAUUGGCGUCGACGUGCACGUUCAUCGCAUCACCAAUAUGUGGGGGUGGAACAAGACUAAGAAUCCCGAAGAGACGCGGCUGGCCCUGCAGUCCUGGCUGCCCCACGACCGCUGGCGUGAGAUCAAUGGCCUGCUGGUGGGAUUGGGACAAAGCGUAUGCCUUCCCGUGGGCCGGCGUUGCGGUGAAUGCGAUCUGGGGCUACAGGGACUUUGCAAGGCGGCCGAGAGGAAGAAGGUUCUUGAAGGGAGGAGGUUCAAG